AUGGAUGCCAGGAAAGCCCAUAAAGCCUCCUCUUCAUCCUCACCGUCCUCCUCAUCAAAACGUUGGGAGUACCAAGUGUUCUUGAGCUUCAGAGGUGAAGACACACGCAAGGGCUUCACAGGCCACCUCCACGCCGCAUUAUCUAAUGCCGGAAUCCGCUCCUUUCUUGACGACGAAGAGCUAAAAAGAGCGGAAUUUAUAAAAACCCAACUGGAGCAGGCAAUCGACAGGUCCAUGAUCUCCAUAAUUGUCUUCUCCAAGAGCUAUGCCGAUUCCAGUUGGUGUCUUGACGAACUGGUGAAGAUCAUGGAGUGUAGAGAACGAUUGGGGCAACAGGUCAUUCCAUUGUUCUAUAAUGUUGAGGCUUCAGAUGUCCGGAAACAAACUGGUAGUUUUGCACAAGCUUUUGAGAAACAUGAAGCGGGCAAACAUGAGAAAGAAAAGGUACAGCGAUGGAGGAAUGCUCUCAGUCAAGCAGCAGAUUUGUGUGGGGAAGAUCUUAAAAAUGCUGACAAUGGGCAUGAAGCAAAGUUUAUCAAGAAAAUUCUUGGUGUGGUUAAUAACUUGGUGAACAGAAAAUACCGAUUAGACAUCAAACACCCUAUUGGAAUUACUUAUCGGGUGAAGGCUUUGAGUAAUCACUUAGAUAUUGAAAAUUCAGGUUCUAAGGAUGUUGUUCGCAUGAUCGGUAUUUGGGGGAUGGGCGGCAUUGGGAAAACAACGCUUGCCAAAGCCAUUUAUAACAAAUUUGAAGGUAGCUUUGAAGGUAGGAGUUUCCUUGCAAACGUGAGGGAAGUAAUUGCAAACCAACCAAUGGGUCUGGUUCGUUUGCAAAAACAACUUCUAAAUGAUAUCUUGAAAAGCGAGGGCAUAAAGGUUGGCUCUGUUGCUAAGGGGAUCGAUAUGAUCAGAGCAAGACUUUGCUGUAAAAUAGCACUUGUCAUAAUUGACGAUGCAGAUGAUCUACACCAACUAGAAGCAAUAGCUGGAGCUCGUGAUUGGUUUGGCCCUGGAAGUAGAAUUGUUAUAACAACAAGAAAUAAACAUUUGCUACAGCAAGUUGGAGUGGAUAGCACAUAUAUCGCUGAAAAAAUGGACGAGGAAGAAGCUCUAGAGUUCUUUAGUUGGCAUGCCUUCAAAAGAGGUUAUCCUGAUCAAGAAUACCUUGACCUCUCAAAACUUGUAAUUCAUUACUGUCGAGGCUUGCCACUAGCACUUGAAGUUGUAGGGUCUUUUCUGAUUAAAAGAUCCCCAGUGGAGUGGGAAAAUCAUUUGGAGAAAUUGAAAAGAAGUCCUGAUGGAGAUAUUCAAAAAAUACUCAGAAUAAGCUUUGACAGGCUACCUGAUGAUACAAUGAGAAAGAUAUUCCUUGAUAUAUCUUGUUUCUUUAUUGGAGAGGACAAGGACUAUGUCACACAAAUAUUAGCUGGAUGUGGCUUUUUUGCAACAACAGGAAUCAGUGUCCUCAUUGAACGGUGCCUUGUAACUGUUAGUGAGUAUAACAAGCUGAGGAUGCAUGAUUUGCUUCGAGACAUGGGAAGAGAGAUUGUCCGUGAAAAUGACCGCGAUCACCCUGAAAAAUUUAGUAGAUUGUGGAAACAUGAAGACGUAAUAGAUGUAUUGAGCGAUAAAUCUGGAACUGAAGAAAUUGAAGGAGUUGCUCUACAUUUGCAUCCAGAUUUGUGUCGAAGUUACUUUGGAGAGUUGGAUCUAGAUUCGGAUUUAGAUUCGGGUCAAGAUUCGGAUCUAGAUUUGACUAGAUUCAGUGCACAAGCAUUUACCAACAUGAAAAAACUGAGGUUACUCCACCUCAGCGGAGUAGAGCUCACUGGAGAGUACAAAGAUUUUCCCAGAAGGUUAAUAUGGUUGUGCUGGCGUUAUUUUCCUUUAAAGUCCAUACCAGAUGACUUUCCUGUGCAACCAAAACUAGUUGCUUUAGACCUGCAGUAUAGCAACCUCAAAAUAGUUUGGAAGGAUUGCAAGUUGCAUGGGAAUUUGAAAAUCCUUAAUCUCAGCCAUUCCCGUAGGCUAACAAAAUCACCAGACUUUUCAAAACUCCCAAAUCUCGAGGAAUUGAUAUUGCAAUCCUGUUGGAGAUUGUCUGAGGUUCACUCAUCCAUCGGGGAUCUUGGAAGACUUUCUUUGGUAAAUCUUGAAGGCUGCAUAAGGCUAAGGGAUCUCCCACUGAAUUUCUAUAAAUCCAAGUCUAUUGAAACUCUUCUACUUAAUCGUUGUUCGAGUUUUGAAAAGUUGGCUGAGGGCUUAGGGGACAUGGUAUUAUUGACAACUCUAAAAGCGGAUUUGACAUCCAUAAGACAAAUACCAUCGUCCAUAUUAAAAUUGAAGAAACUGGAAGUUUUAUCUUUAUGUUAUGCAAGCGCUGAGCCGCCAUCAACAAAUCUUUUGCCUCCUUCAUUGGAAAGUUUAAGCUCCUUAAGAAAAUUAUAUCUUGUAGGAAAUGAUUUUUGCAGCCUACCAAGCCUCAGUGGUCUUUCACAGCUUCAAGUUUUGUCUUUGCAUGAGUGCAAAAAUCUUUGUGCAAUUCCAGAUUUACCAACAAAUUUGAAAGUCUUACGAGCAGAUGGCUGCUUUGCAUUGAAAAAAAUGCCAGAUUUUUCAGAAAUGUCAAAUAUAAGAGAAUUGUAUCUAAGAGAUUCGGACAAACUCACUGAGAUUCCAGGCCUGGAUAAGUCAUUAAACUCCAUGACAAUGAUUCAUAUGGGAAAUUGCAGUAAUCUUACUGCCGAUUUUAGGAAGAACAUCCUACAGGGGUGGACUUCUUGCGGAUAUGGUGGCAUUUUUCUCAGUGGAAAUGAUAUUCCUGAUUGGUUCCACUGUGUCCAUGACGAUGAUAUUGUAAAUUUCACCGUGCCUCAAAGUGUUGGUCGUAUUUUGAAAGGGUUAACUUUGUCCUUCGUUUGCUCUUCAGGCUUAUACGAUGGUUGCCGUAUUAGCCUUAAAAACAUGACCAAGGGUACUGAGCUUGACGCCAGGAUCAAGCCUGUUUGUCCAAAUAAUGGUUAUCAUCUUUGGCAAGGACAGUUAUCAAAUGACGAGCUCAAAUUGCAAGACGGUGAUAAAGUCUUGAUUGAAAUAAUAGUGGAGAAAGAUGAUUGGGUGCAGGUGAAGAAAACAGGUGUUAGUCUGGUGUGGGACAAAUUUAUGAAUGAAAAUAUGAUUGAUUACCAUCGUUGUGCGUAUGAACGUCGCCCAUCUCAAAAUCUGGUCAAUGAUGAUGACAUCAUUCAUGUCGAAGAUGAUAAUCACAUAACAAAAUCCCCAGACUUUUCAAAAUUCCCAAAUCUUGAAAAGUUGAUAUUGAAAGGUUGUACGAGCUUGUAUAAGGUUCACUCAUCCAUCGGGUAUCUUGAAAGACUUUCUUUGGUAAAUCUUGAAGACUGCGAAAUGCUAGAGGAUCUCCCACUGAAUUUCUAUAAAUCAAAGUCUAUUGAAACUCUUCUACUGAAUGGUUGUCGGAGUUUUGAAAACUUGGCUGAUGGCUUAGGGGACAUGGUAUCAUUGAAAAUUUUGAAAGCAGAUAAGACAGCCAUCAGACAAAUUCCAUCUUCCAUAGUAAAAUUGAAGAAGUUGAGAAUUUUAUCUCUAUCUGGCUGCUGGCAGUUCACUGAGGAUGCAAUCCCUAAGGAUCUAUGUAGCCUAAUUUCCUUAGAAGAUCUGCUUCUUGGAGACAAUGACUUUUGUAGCCUACCAAGUCUCGCUGGUCUUUCGAAGCUCAAGGUCUUGUGUGUAAAUGCAUGCAGAGAACUUCGUGCAAUCCCAGAUUUACCAACCAAUUUGUAUGUUCUGAAAGCAAAUGACUGCCCAAAAUUGAAAACAAUUCCAGAUUUUUCAAAAAUGUCGAAUAUGAGAGAAUUGCAUCUACGUGAUUCGGUCAAACUCACUGAGGUUCCAGGCUUGGAUAAGUCAUUAAACUCCAUGACAAGGAUUCAUAUGGAAGGCUGCACCAAUCUCACUGCCGAUUUUAGGAACAACAUCCUACAGAGAUGGACUUCUUGUGGAUUUGGUGGAAUUUAUUUGAAUGGAAUUUAUGAUAUUCCUGAGUGGUUCGAGUUGGACGAUGAGGUGGAAAAUAUCGUCUUCUUUGAAGUUCCUCAAAGAAUCAUGGGUCGUGAUUUAAAAGGGUUGACUACAUGCUUCGUUUACUCUUCAGACAGGCCAAAACUUGAAGAUUCUCAAGUUCCUAUUGACAUUAUCGUUAGAAAUCUUACCAAACAAACUGCUUUGCACACCAAGAUAGCAUUUGCCUCCUUAAAAACUUACAAUGAACCAUUGCCUUGGUGGACGGUAUCGUCUGCUUUGCACACCAAGAUAGCAUUUGCCUCCUUAAAAUCUUCCAGUGAACCUGAAGAACCUGAAGACGAUUCCAGUCAAUCUGAAGACGAUUAUCUUUGGCAGGGACAAUUGUCAAACAAUGUGCUACGUUUGCAAGGCGGGGACCAAGUCUCCAUUCUUGUAAGGCCUCUAGUUGAUUUAGUGAGAGUGAAGAAGACGGGGGUUCAUCUAGAAUGGGACAAAGUCAUGAAGGAAAAUAUGGAUAAUCCGGAUCUGGAACCAUAUCUGGAUUUUUUGGGGGGAACUGAUGAUGAGGCAAGACCAAGCAAUGACGCAUCUGUUCCCGGUGAUCAAGUGAGUGCUAUAGAUGAAGAAUCAGCAGUGGAAGACGAUCCUCUCGGCCAUGGCGAUCUAUGUACUCGUUUGUCAUUGUCUAUCAUGGAAAAUCUGCAAUUUUCUGGAGGAGCUGAUGAUGGGGCAGGACGGAGCCAUGGUGCAUCUGAUCAAUUGAGUGCUGUAUAUAAACAAUUAGAAUGGGACGAAGUCAUGAAGGAAAAUAUGGAUAAUCCGGAUCCUCAUUUGUAUGAUUUGGAAACAAAUCGAGAUUUUUCAGGGGGAGUUGAUGACGCAUUUGUUCCCAAUCAAACUAGUGUUAUACAUGACCAAUUAGCAGUGGAACCAUAUCUGGAUUUUUUUUGGGGAACUGAUAAUGAGGCAGGACGGAGCCAUGACACACGGCCGGAUGAGGGAGCAGGACGGAGCCAUGACGCAUUUGUUCGAACUAAUCAAUCGAGUGCUGUGGAUGAACAAUUAGCAAUGGAGUCGAUGACUCCAGUUCAAGAAAUUGUACCAUACUGA